UUAACGCUGCGCAAAAAAACAAAACAACAACAACAUAGAGCACAAAACGUUGCAUUACGACAUCAAAAAAUAAUAUAUACUAUAUAUAAUAACGAAAUUCGAUGUAAAACGCAACUUAAGUUCUCCCAAAAAUCAAUAAGCAACAAAAGGCAAGCAGCGAAGGAGCAGGCAGAGACAGAGGCUGCGACAGCAGCAGCAAGAAGAAGAAGAACAAGCACAGCACAACUGGCUGAACAAGAACCGUAAAAGCUUUACCACUUAAGGCAAAGCUUCAAAGUGCAGUUAAACGCAGCCAGCACGCAACAGCAACGCAAAGCUGAACCUGAACAAAAACAAAAACAAAAACAAAAGCAAAAGCAAAACAAAAAGUGAAAAGUUAAAUUUACAUAAUUCAUUGGCCGCUGCGACAGCAUUUAAGAGUGCUACAGUGACUGUGUGAGAGAGUGUGAGGGAGACAGACACAGACAAAGAGAGCGUGCAAGAUGCCCUCAUUGCUGGAGGCGCUUGAGCGCAAAUAUUUCGCCGAAUGCGAAUUCGAGAACGCCAAUCAACCCGAGCUGCACAAGCGCUCCGAUUUGCCCAAUGAUUUUACAGUUACCAAAUGUGGCGGCCGCAUGGAGUUCUCCAUAUUCAUACCCCGUCUCUCGCCCCUGACCAGUGUGCCCGCUCUGCUGGUGCUCAAUGACUGCGACAUCGACUGCGCCGGCGAUUUUGACAGCAUUCGGGAGAAAUGUCAGCGUGUGCGUGAGCUGGAUCUGGCGCAGAACAAGCUACAGGACUGGCAUGAGGUGUUCAACAUACUGAAGCAUAUGCCGCGCAUUGAGUUUCUCAACCUGAGUAAGAAUCAGCUGAUGAAUGUGCCCAGUGCGUUGCAGGCGGCGCCAACGAUCAAUCUGAAGAAUCUGGUGCUCAAUGGCACCUACCUGGACUGGAUGUGUGUGGAUGCACUGCUGCAGAACUUGCCGGUGCUGCAGGAGCUGCACUUGAGCCUCAACAACUACACCAGCGUGCUGCUCGAUGCGGCGGCCGAGGGCAGCUGCCAGUGUGUGCCACAGACAGAAACGGGAAGCGAGGCAGAAGCAAAAGCGGAAGCGGAUACGGAAAAGGAGACGUGUUGCAGCCUGUGCCAGGGUCGUCGCAAGCUAACCCAGGCACAUGGCACUCUGAAGACCCUGCACUUCACCGGCAAUCCCAUCGAGCACUGGGAGGAGAUCUGUCGGCUCGGUCGACUGUUUCCCCGCCUAGAGGCCUUGGUGCUAGCCGAAUGCCCUAUCAAAUCCCUGCAGGCGUCAAACACAGCCGAAUUGGAUUCGGCCACUGCCAGCGAGUGCCACAAAUACUUUCCCUGCCUCAAACUGCUCAAUCUGAGCUGUGCUCAGCUCAAUAGCUGGGCGGACAUCGAUGAGCUGGCCAAAUACGAACAGCUGCAGAAUCUGCGCGUCAAGCAUUGGCCCCUCUGGGAGACGCUGGAGUGCACGGAGCACGAACGUCGCCAGCUGCUGAUUGCACGACUGCCAAAUGUGUCCAUGCUCAAUGGCGGCGGCAAGAUCAGCGUGGACGAGCGCGUCGAUGCGGAACGUGCCUUUGUGCGUCACUAUAUGGACAAGCCGGAAGCGGAGCGUCCCGCACGCUAUGCCGAACUGCUGGCGGUGCAUGGCCAAUUGGAUCCGUUGGUCAAUGUGAAUCUGAAGCCAGAGAAGCGGGUGAAGGUCGUCUUCACGUACAACGAUGUGAGCGAAAGUCGCUUCGUGGACAUCUAUCUGACGGUCAACGACCUGAAGGUCAAACUGGAGAAGCUCAUCGGACUGGCGCCCAACAAGAUGCGUCUCUACUAUCUCGAUCAGGACUACAAGGAGUUCGGGCCGGAGGAGAUGCGAUAUCCCAAUAAACAGCUCUACAGCUAUAAUAUACAGUCGGGCGAUGAGAUCAUUAUCGACGCCAAGAAGUGAAUCCGGAAGGCAGAAUUAUCGAUGGACUAUUGGAAUGAUGACAAUUCCUGGAAAUGUUGCUACACAUAUUGAUUUGUGAACGAGCGGUGCUAAGAGCAACAACAAUUUGUGAUCUUGUAUCAAGCUUCUUACUGACGGAUACAAAAGCCCAACCAACAUGCAUAUAUCUAUCUAUCUAUAUAUAUAAAAAAUACAGACAUAUAUAUGUUAUGAACAACUUUAAUCAAUCGUACAUAUUUUUACAAUUAUUUACCGCCUUCCGACAAAACCGAUCUACUGUAUAUAUAUUUCAAUGGCCAAAACACACACAGACAUACAAGUAAUACACACCCACGCACACACUUGUCCAUAUAUAAAGAUAUAUUUUAAUUAACAUCCUAACCUAAGCCAGCUACAAACUAUAAACAAAAUACUUAAGUAUAACAAACAAGCAUUAUAUUAAAAUUUAAAACAAUUUUUGCUGAAA